GGGAGAGGAGCUGCCCAUGGGCAGAGCCGGCGUUGCUCCUCUCCAGCUCCUCUCCAGCUCCUCUCCAGCUCCUCUCCAGCUCCUCUCCAGCUCCUCUCCCUUUCUCUGCUCGGCCCCAUGGAGAAGCUCCUGCACCUCACCUUGGUCUUCCUGUCAGCGUCCUGUGCCGCAGAGAACGUCACCGUGGUGGCCGCCAUGGAGGGGGACACCGUUUCUGUCAACUGCUCCUACGACCCGCGGCAGUGGUGGCGGGAGAAGAGCUGGUGCAGGCAGCUGGACCAGAGCCGGUGCCAGCGGGUGCUGAGCGCCCCGCCCGCAUGGCUGCCCUUCCCCAGGGCCAGGAGAGGCAGCACCUCCCUCAGGGACAACGCCCGCGCCGGGCUCCUGACCGUCACCAUGGGCCACCUCCGCAAGGAGGACGCGGGGCUCUACCAGUGCACAACGGAGUUCCUGGGAGACACCAAGAGCCUGAGGAAGGUGCGGGUGGAAGUGCUGGCAGCAGCUGAGCUGGUCACCCACGUGCCAGAGGAGCCCAGAGCUGUGCAGAGCAUCUCCAGGUCCUCUCCUGAUGUGGAUUUCACUGUUUUCUACAUCCUGGCUGGAUUCCUGGUGGCCAAGUGCACGGUGGCCGUGCUGGUCUGUGCUGUUGCCCACAGCAAGAAGAACAGGGAGCGGGGGCAGAACCCAGGUCCAGGUGAGCAGCAGGUGCUCCCUCUCCCUGCUGACCUUGGACAUGGUGGAGUUGGCCUCUCCUGGGAGAGCUCUGUGUGAGCCAAGCCAAAGGGAAUCCAUGGAAAAGGCAAAUCAGGGCUUUGCCAUCUGCCCUAAGGAAAGGAUCACUACUAAGCACAGGUCUGGAAGAGCCUGUCACUCUGGAGAGGAACGUCCCCAUCUUCUUCAUCACCACUUCCCUCGGUACCUCAUCCCCAGGCAGUUAUUCCAGACUUCAUUCCCAGGACCAUCCCAUCAGUUUGAACGGACACCCAUCAACUUCCUGUCACCUCAGGUGACACAUUCUGUCUUUCCAAGGCGAGGAAGAGCAGCUCCCAAAAGCUGAUUGGAGAAAAUCCUCGUGGAAAGGAGCUGCAGGACACACCAGGAAAGGGAUGUGGUCUCCUUGCGUCUCCGAGCCAGCUUCUCCUCUCUGAAGGGACUUUGUGGACACAGGAGCUGUCUCUCUGUUGUUCUCCCCAUGUUUUCUCUCCCAUGUGGUUGCUCCUUCCUCCCCACCGAGCUGCGCUCAGCUCUCCCAGGCCCCAAACCCACGGGCACUCACGUUUCUUUAUCCCUGCAAAACUGAAUAAAAUCCAUCUGGUUCUCUG